CUAGAAGUAAACAGAAAACAUAACCUAGAUUAACUCAUCGUUUGUAAACAUUGAACACACGAAGGCAAUAUUUUCAUGCAAUAUUCAGUAUAAAUAUUUAUUAGUAUUUUAAAAUCGACGUGUUUUAACCCUUUCUGACUAUUAUAAUAAAAAUGAAAUUGGAUAAAAUAUGCAGGGCGUGUUUAGUGCAAAAGACUGACCUGAAAAACCUAUUUGAUGCGUGCAUUCCCAACAUGAUUAUGUCUUUUACUUCAAUACAGUUAAUACAAGGAGAUGGGCUGCCUCACCAAAUCUGCACUCAGUGCCUGCGAGAUGUGAAUCGAGCCUUCUGUUUUAAGCAAAAAUGUGAAAAAUCCGACAACACUCUUCGAAGUUACGUGCAUAAUAUAAGCUUUAAUAACGAAAUUAACCAGAUUUGCGACAUUUCAAAUGAAAUUGUUAAUGGUAGCAAUAUGUUGCCGGAUGAUAAUAUUCUUCCCAGUUGUAACAGCGGUAAAUUGAUGAGCAGCUGUAGUGUUAUACCAAACACUAACAAUUUGCUGCCGCAUGACGCGAUAAACAUGAUGUCGGAUGCAAAUGCAAUAAGCACAUCCAUGUCGGCUAUAAGUAAUACUAUAGCUGCGUCAAUGAAUUCCUUGGAUAAUGAUGCUUUAAACCACAAUGGAAUUCAUGACAUUGAGAGUAUGAAUACAGUGCGAAAUGACCUAUUUGUUAGUAGUGAAGUUCUGCAGCAAAGUUCAUUUUUUCAAGACAUUUUUAAUUAUCCUGGUAACCAGUCUUUGGUCGAGAAUUUUACGAAAACUCAUGCAGAUGUAUCAGAUUUAGCAGAAACUAUGCAAAGCCUACAAACGAUUGCAGAGCAAUAUUUGCCCGAAUCUUGGGAAAAUGAUAAUCAGAUUUGCCCAAUCAAUGCCGAAGACACUUCCAAUAAUUUCAAUUUAAUCGAGAAUAUCUAUAAAUGCCAGUUUUGUGGCGACUCAUUCAAAGACUCCUGGUCCCUCGAUGAACAUACAAAAAGUCAGGUUUGCCAAGACAAAUUCUUGAGUACAAAUAUAACCAACGAACUAACCAAGAGCAUGUUGCUGGAAUACACUUUUGAUACCAAUUCGAAAGAUAACUUCAUGUUUGAAAACAUUGAACCCAUUAGGCAAAAUCUACUUUGCGAUAUUUGUGAUCGAACCUUUACGGAUCAAAAGUAUCUCAAAAAACAUUUGAAAGAUAUUCAUUUUAUCGACACCACAUCCGUCCAGGAAGAGAAAAAGAAUAUUUGCAAUUUGUGCGGGAAAAGAUAUAAAAAUUCAAAAAUACUACUUCUACAUAUGCGAUCUCACACUGGGGAGAGACCAUUAAAAUGCGAAAUAUGUUCUCGAACUUUUGCACUGCCCAGUAGUUUACAGAAGCACAGAAGAAUACACAGGGAGAAGCAGUACGAAUGCAAUAUUUGUGGUAAACGGUUCAAUCAGCAAUCAAAUGUUAAUACUCAUAUUCUGAUUCAUUCUGGUCAAAAACCUCAUCACUGUAUCACAUGUGGAAAAAGAUUUGCAACGAACACCAACUUGGAGGUCCAUAAACGAAUCCACACGGGUGUCAAGCCGUUUGUCUGUACAUUUUGUGAUAAAGCAUUUAUAUCUAGUACCCAAUUAAAAAAGCACAUGAUGGUUCACACUGGCGAAAAGCCUUACUCUUGCUGGAUAUGCGGGCAGUCGUUUAGAAGAAAAGAAACUAGGGACACUCAUGUGAGAUACCAUACCAGAGAGCGAUCGUUUGGAUGUAAAGUGUGCGAGAAAAAGUACAUUUCGAAGUCUCAUUUAAGGGAUCACAUGAAAACCAAUCAUAUGAGCGAGCACGAAGGAAAAUUCGAUUACUGCAUGAUUUGUAGUAAGAAGUUUAGUUCGUUAAAGACUUUGAAGGCCCAUAUAAGGUCGCAUACGGGACAGAAGCCGUUCGCAUGCAAUUUUUGCGAAAAGUGUUAUCCUAGUCGAAAAUCCUUGAAUCUCCAUGUUAAAACCAAUCAUAGUCCUAGAUAGUAAGCUGAUAUAAACGGAUUUGUGAGGUAUUAUAAAAACAUGUUUUUUUUUCAUAUUAUUUAUUGGCUCACUUAAGAGAAGAAAUCAGUAUUUACAGAUGCAUUUUGCUACAUAUUAAACAUUAUUUUAUAAAAAGUAUAUAAAACAUGAAUGAUUUACUAUUAGGUAAACUGAACUGGCUAAAAUAAAUAAACGGAAUGUGUAUUCGCGUAUGGGUUUACACAAAUUGCGCUCAUCAUGGAUAGCUUCACUAGAUUAAUUUAGCUGUUUCUAGCCACUUUCUUACCGAAGCGAAAUUGUUUUUCAUCCAUCGUGUAUUAGCCUCUCCUUGCUCUAUCGAUUGUUGGGCGGAUCUCAUGGCAAUGCCAAAUUGAUCCCUGUGACGCUCGAAAAAUGAUUUGAACUAAAAAAUAAUUAAAAUUUUCAAAUAUUAAGGAUUAGGUACAUAUAAACUGUAUCUAUUUACAAGGUUGUCACAACCAAGUAUGACUGUCGGCUUGAUUGCCAAGAUUCCCAAGUAAUAAGACUGAUUUUGAGUGUUGUUUUGUAGGGCAUCGGCAAUAAGUUUGUAAAAGUGAGUACUUUGUUUAAACAGCCAAAUACAGAUAAGCUCGUUUAAAAAAUGGGAAUCCGGAUAUGUUAUUUUAAACAUUCCGAAAUGAUGUAUUUAGCUGUUGGAGAAAGUAUUAUAGUGAAUGUUAGAAAUGUUGUGUAGUUUAGUAUUGCUUUUCAAUCUAUUUCAAUUGUGUCUCUGUCGAAUAAUUGUUUAAUAUAAGUUGUUAUGCGGAAAUUGAGUUAAUUUUUAAAUAAGUGAAUAACUCUCAAUAUUCAUAGAACUGAUGUAAUUAUAGAAAUUUCAUUUUAAAAUUAAUAAAUUAUUCGAAGUUUUAGCAUA